AUGGUAGGUUCUGAACACAUGCCUCUUCUGUGUACUAUCAAAAAUGUUGAAAAGCCAAACAAAGCUCCAUUCAGAUUCCAAAACAUGUGGACUCUACAUCGUCAAUUUUUUGAAGAAGUUGAUAAGGUUUGGAGGGCUGAAGAUGAGGCAUCUAAGAAGAUUAACCAGAAAGAUACUCCAGUCAUAGAAGUCCCUGAUAAGAAAGACAUAGCUGAGAUGAAACUCCUAUUGGAAGAUGAAUGGAAAACACAGAAAUCUAAGAAGAAGAAAAAGCUCAGCCUUCUUCAUCUAAAAACAAGCAAAGCUUUGAGGAAAUGGGGUUGGGAGACUUUUGAGAAUGUUUUUUCCAACGCCUUAUCUGCUGACAAGGAAGUUGAGAAACUAGAGGCAGCUGUUCAAAAUAAUACUGCCAUUGAGACUGAUUUGCUUAGUGCCCAGACUAAUCUGCUUAAUGCUAUUGUCAUACAAGAUAUGCUACUCAAACAAAAGUCAUAUAUUAACAUCUUUACUGAAGGUGACAGAAACACAAAGUUCUACCAUGCUUAUAUAAGUUACAAGAGGAAGUGCAAUACCAUACACUCCACUGAGGGCAGAUGGAUUAAUGAAAAUGAAUUUAUUGCUUUGGAUGUUGUUAAGUACUACAGUUCCCAACUGAACUCUUUAGUUGAUUUAAAUAUUGACUAUGAAGACUACUUUCUUGAAGAAUUAAAUUACACUAAUCAACUCAAUCUCACUGAACCCCCUUCUGAUGAGGAAAUUUGGGAUGCCUUAAAAACAAUUGACAGCUCUAAAGCAGGUAACGCUGAUGGUUUUACUGCUGACUUAUACAAAAAAGCUUGGCACAUUAUAAAGAAGGGGGUAUUUGAGGCAAUCAGGAGCUUCUUCAGGGAGGUCAAUCUCCCUAGCUAUUUUGGAGACACUUCUAUUGUGUUAAUCCCUAAAGGUGAUCUACAGAAGACUUGGGAACACUACAGCCCUAUCAGCCUCACAUCUGUCAUAAGUAAACUCAUAAGCAAGAUCAUAGUUAGAAGACUCCAACCUCAUCUUGACAGGAUUAUCUGCCCAAACCAGACAGGACUGCAUUAG